AAAACAGUUCUCUAUUUCAUUCAGACCCAGCCGUCAAAUGUCAAAACUUUUAUUUACAUUUUAAAAAUGUAAACAAACACUGACCUUGUAACUUGAAAUGCAUAAUUAGCGCCUUUAUUAAAAUGAAUAUUUUAAUUAAAAAAAUUACUUCACGCCCUAUUACCACCUUGUUCACCUUGGCUUCCCCCGCAGAAAAUCAAUACCAGCAACUGUCAUCAUGCAUUUUGCCAAUCCUCCUUAAAAAUGAGUUAAUCCUUAAAAUUAUGGAUGCAGCUAGCGUCCCCGACACUAAAGACAUCCAACAAAACAAUUACGUGACUGUAAUUCCCGUGGAGUACCCGCGGAACCGCUUCAACAACCAAAACCCUGAAUAUAUGGUAGAGCAGUACAGAACUCAUGACGACUACAUCCAAACGGAGGACCUGUCGUCCAGUCAGGGGGCUUUGUACUCAGUGUCGCAACGGGUCCCCACUGUGAGCGCCAGUUAUUCGAGUCUGUGUGCCACCGAUACAGGAUAUGCAACUGAGCAAACAACUUUUCCGGGAAUGCAGUCCGAUUGGGAAAGAGAACGGACUGUCUCCACCACAGACACGGCCAAAGAUGCUAAUUCCGACGUACUAAGUGAUAAACAAACAAACGAUUCUAAUACGACAGCUUCGGUUCCAAGCUCGAUCGUGAGCGCUUCAGCAAUAGCCAACACAUGCGAACAAUUGCAGGGUCCUGUGGUACCGACUUGCGUUUAUCUGCACAGUAAUGUGGCUAUAUUGAUGGAAAUCGAGGAUACCCCUUCAGCCACUUGCGAUUUGCUAUGUCAAGCGAUCAUCAAUAGCGACGAGCUCGGAUUAAACAAGCAGCUGGCAUCACAAGUGUUUACUCUGUGGAUGACGAGUCCACUUUUAGAGCUUCAACUUAAACCUACGCAUAAGCCGUAUGAAAUCAGGCAAAGUUGGCGGGCUUUGGUGGGGCAAUACAGUCAUGUGUCGAGUAAUAGGCAACAAAGGGACGAACCGAAGAUCAUGUUCCAGAGGAAUAUUUUUUUCCCGCAACAUCUAGAGGAGAAAAUCAAGGACCAAAAAAUUUUAGAACUGUUGUAUGAAGAAGCAAGACAUAAUAUCCUGGAGGGACGAUAUCCGUGCGAGGUGGCACACUAUAUUAUGCUAGGGGGUAUCCAAGCCCGAGUCGAGUUAGGGCCGUACAACCCCCAAGUCCAUUCGACCCACUAUUUUAGGGAGGAGCAGUCGAAAUACUUGCCCAUCCAUGUGAGGAAAAGCUCGACUUGGACUUGGCUACCCAUCAGUUCGAAAAAUUCGGCAGAGGUCCGACUUUUGGAACAGUUUAAACGAAUCCCGAAUUCGGCCACCAAUCGAAAAUUGAUGAAAAAAUAUUUAGAGUUUUGUUGGUCGUUGCCGUUUUAUGGAUCUGCUUUUUUCGAGGGACAAGUCGAACAACCGGUCCGUGGCUUAACAUCGCUUAUUACGUACCAAGACAUUCCAGUACUUGUAGCUAUUAAUUCCAAAGGUGUUUACAUAAUAGAUGAUACUCAAUGUUCGUUGUUGUUAGGGUUACGGUUUGAGGAACUCAGUUGGGAAUAUGCAAGACCGUCGAAGGAGGAGGACCCUAACUGUCUUCCUUGUCUUUUUAUCCAGUUUAUGGUGGUCGAGAAUGGAGCAAGGGUUUCGAAAAUAUUACAAGUUUUCUCAAGACAAGCUAGUCUUAUGGAUACACUCAUAACUGGGUUUGUGAAUCAUAUCAAGGCGAAAACGAACGAUGAAACAGAUAAGGCUUAUGAACAACAAAUAAGUAACGAUAACGAGACUCAUUCUUCAUUAACGGUAGGAACCACUCACCAUGCACCAUCUUUACCUUCACUCACCAAUAAGCUAAGCAAACUUACUUUGGCCACUUUUGACGAAGAAGGUCACUGUAUUGGUCAAAUGGGUUCUUGGUCUUUUAGUUAUUAAGUACCGGUUUAUAGAAGCGUCAUUAAUUUAACUGGCAAUUAAAUGCGUGUUUUACUGAUCAUGUGACCAAACUGAAGCAAUUUGGUUGUUAACUUUUAACAACGAUUUAAGUUUUAACGGAGCGUUCUAUAAACCGGCCCUAAGUGUAAGAAUACUCAACACAAUGUAUGGAUCUCAUAAUUUUUUAUUUUUUAAUAUACGUUAUCCAAAUGUUUC